AUGGCGCAAGGUGUCUAUCUCCCACAACAAGUGCCCAACUUUGGCAAUGGACAACUCAACCCAUUCGGCCUCAACGUGACCAUUGGUCCAUCGCCCAACAACAACUCACAAGGUGGUGUUGUAAUCGACUUCACAUCAUACAUCACUCCAACAACCGAUCCACUCACACUCAUACUACUGCGCGGCUAUGGCUCACCCACCAACAUCACCAUCAACAACGUCACACUGAUCAACUCUGUCAUCUCAUCGGUCGACUGCGACUAUGUCACAAUCACACUCAACAACGUCAGCUUCUCAGGUCUCGGAUCAUCCUAUCUCACGCCAAUCCUGAUUGCGCCACGUGGCUACACGUCGACAUUGACCAUCAACGGAGGUAGCAUGGCCAAUGCCAUUGGAUAUGGAACUGUUCCACUGAUCAGCGUGUCACAGUGCGACCUGCUCAUCUCGGGCGUAGAGUACUACAACAACUCGGGCUACACAAUGAUCAGUGUGUCCAACGCAACAUUCACAAUGGACAACUCAUUAGUCUACUCCAACGCGUUCACCAACAUGCUGAUCGGUCUGAGCGCCACCCACCCGGGAUCAUCCCUCACCAAGACCACCAUCACCAACAACAACAUGUCGGCCGGCCCCAUUCCCAUGGGUUCGGUGAUCGAGGUGUACCAGGGAUCGCUGUCACUGGUCAACUCGUGGCUGGACAGCAACUAUGGCAUGUUCAACUUGAUCAACAUGCGUGUGUCAAAGGUAUCGAUGCAGGGCACAAAGCUCACCAACAACAGUAUUAGUGCCAGUGCCAUGAUCUACGGUAUUCAGUCAACAUUCGAUAUGGCUUCAUCAUCAGUGACCAACAAUCUAUAUUAUGAUUCAUUGGCUAUAUGGUUCUAUGGAUCAGACAUGACACUGACCGACGUGGUGUUUGGCAAGUCGGUGACGCAGGGCCCCCAGGCAUCAUCAUUCAACAGUAUAAUACUUUGUCAACAGGGUAAUAUUACAUUCAAUGAUGUUACCAAUAAUAAUAGUGGACAUAAUUUGAUGGAUUGCUCAAGUAGUGAUCCACCCAAAUGUACUAUCCAUGGCGAUCAGGAUGUGUGUGACGCGAAGAGCGGACCAUCUGGAGGUGCCAUUGCAGGUAUAGUGAUUGGAUGUAUACUUGGUGCCAUUCUCAUCAUUGUAAUAAUCAUCCUUGCGAUUAGAUAUGCCAAGCGUCAUGGACACUAUCACAGAAUACAUUAA